AUGUCGAUGUUCAAGCGCUUUGUGGAGCCCGGCCGAUUGGCUUUGAUCACCUAUGGCCCUUGCGCGGUCUGGAGCCCAGACAUCGCCACACGGCAAGGCACACUUUCAAUUGUGGCCAUGUACUGCACAGUGAUGCAGUGCAUAUCUGAGGGCAAGCUGUGCACCGUCACGGACAUCGUGGAUCAAAAGAGAGUUGUUGUUGAUGGACCCGAGGAUAUCACCGGUGUGCGACGACACAUGAUGCCCAUCAAGCGCCUGAGCCUCACAGACUUCAGGUUCGUUGCCAAGAGAGGCAUUCGUGAGAAGGUGCUGAGGAAGGGCCUGGAGAAGAGUGGCAACUUGAAUAAGUUUUGGGAGAGCUCCUGGGGAAAGAAGCUGAAGACCCAGGAAGCGCGCAAGAACAUGACUGACUUUGAGCGAUUCAAGGUGAUGUGUGCCAAGCAGAAGCGAUCCAAGGAAGUAAAGAAGAGCCUCAAGAAGAAGUGA